AUGGGUGACCACGAGGGGGAAAGACUCUUCCAUUUUGUGUCCAUGCCUAUGCGAAAUCCUUCAGCCAAGACAAAAGGUGACCAGGACCUGCGAAUGUCCCAAGCCAGAUCUCAUGCUGCAAGGAUCACCCAUAUGCGAAGGAGGAAGAAGGCUAGGAAGGUAAAUGAGGGCAGAUCUCUCGAUGAUGAGCAAAUCGGAGCAAUCAUGGAAUUAAACAUGGUAACAAAAGAUGGAGCUCUCAAGACCGAGUACUCACCAAGCCCCCUGUCCCUCCUGGGCCAGCACAAAGUCGACCCAUUUGAAUCAUAUCCGACUGGACCGCUCCCGCCCUAUCUACGUCGUUGUCUCGAAUAUGUGUACGAGUGCGUCCAUCCAACUUUGAUAUCUUCAACAAGGGAGUCGGACAUAGCGACGAUCAAAAUCUCUUGGAGACGAAUUGGGCUUGAAUGGCCACUAAUGUACCAUCUUCAGGUUGCUGGAGCUGCAAACAUUGUGAGAGCAGAUGCCAGGAAUUCAUCAUUACCCAACGACGUGGAAAUUUUGCGCCUCAAACAUCAAAAUCAGGGCUUAGCUCUUUUGAUGACUGCGCUCAAAAAUCUUCAAGGGCCGGCCUCGGACGCGCUUCUCAUGGCAAUGGUUAUGGCAGGCAUGCUUACAGACCCUAGCCCUUCGCAAAUUCCCGAACUAUACCGAGCGUCACCUCUAGCAACCGCCCAGUAUUUGAAUGUCUAUGCGAGAUUAACGAUGGUGCCGGCGACAAUGCAGAGCAUGUUACAGUCAGUCGUCCAGCGAGGUGGUAUCAAAAACAUCCGUGAUUAUGGAAUGGUAUCUAUCCUGCAAUUCGCCGAUUUGCAAGCUAGUUCUCGUCUGGGCAUACCACCUGCGUUUUCCUGGGUGUACCCGAACUCUACGAGCUUGUGCGCAAGACAGUGUGAUCUCGACCAGGCUGCCAUGGAUAUGCUGAGGGUCUUGGGAACUGGAUUUAAAUAUAUCCAAUUCAUCGAUCAAGAUCUCGCAGGCGCACUCGAAGCUAUAGAAGAUGUCACCGUUGCUUUAGACUUGUUCCAACGGUGCAAAGCAAUUGCAUUCAGCCUUCUUGACGUUGCAGAUGCUGCAAACGAGGCACAGCACACGCUACUGUCAGUUAACCCUCCACCUACGAUGGGGACAAGCGAAAUGGAUUGCCUGCGUGAGAUCUGUCGAUGGACUGCACUCAUCUACAAUGACAUGGUAAUUUUUCCCCUUCCGGCAACUACAGAGACCAAGCCAAGGCUCUCAAAUGCAUUACGUAUUGCGAUCGAGAACUACGAAUUUCUUGGCAGCAAGUACCUGAACACAUCUACAGAAGUGAUGAAGGCUACCAAUCAUUCUGAUUUGAUCCUUUGGGCCUCUAUGCUCGGAGCCAUGGCAGCGGAGCUCACCGUGAACAGGACGUGGUAUAUCCAGAAACUUGGCCAAUAUCUUUCUCAAUCGCCGUACAGGCAUACCUGGUCAGACUUUCGCAAACUGAUGUCUACAUUCCUCUGGUGGGACUACAUUUUUGAUGAGCCAGGCCAGAAAUUGUGGUGGGAAGGCUGUAUGUCUAUGAAUACACCCCAGGAUCGGAUCAAUCUGGAUGCGUGCCAGCUAGACUCUGAAUUUGACCCAAAGGGUCAAUCAUGA